AUGACAACGCAGGAAAAGAGUGAAACCCAGCCCCUGAGCUGGGAAGACUGCCCCGGAGUGGCGCGCAACCCCCGCCGGGUGGGCGGCGCCUGGACCUUCGGAAACACCCGGCUCCCCCUCUACAUCGUCUUCCAGAACCUGGCUUCCGGCGCCACCAUAGAGGAGGUCGCCCAGUGGUUCGAGGGCAUCACCGAGCAGCAGGUCAAGGAGGUGCUGGCCCACCUGGCCCGUAUGCUGGAACAGGACCGGGUCAAGGAGGAACCGCCCGAAUGA